GUUGUGGAUCCAUCCAUGCAAAAGAUCUUUGGCAGCAACAACAGCUUGUUUCUCGACUAUUUCGUCUGCUCUCUUCUAACCAAACUUUCAACAAGAUCCGCUCCCUUCUGCCACCGGUACGCCUUUCUUAUCGUCUUUCACCGCAUCCAGUACAUUGCGCCUACCGUACCGGUACCAUGGAGGAGGAGAACCCAGCCCCUAUGCUGAUCCCCGUGAAUGUGAAGGAUUCGGUGGGACCUCCCACGACGACACUUGAUGUGGAUGAAGUUGCUCAGCUUUCCUUUGAUGGUGGUGUCAACGAGACCACUGGAAGAACUGGGGAUGUAAGUGGCGCACAUCCAGUUGUGAGCCCUUCCAGUACUUAUUCUCAAGAUCCGGCAAACUCCGUGGUGAAUGAAGAGUCUAGAUCUGUUCCGGCUAUCGACGUCAAAGACGAUUUCGUGGAUGUGGAAGGUGUCACAGAAGAAGGCCAUCGGGCUACGGCAUCAAAAGAGACCCUGUCAAUGAACAACACGCCCGCUUCGGAUGGAGGUGUGGUUGUAACGACUACUGCCGACGCGACGACAGAAUCAUCUGACGCUCGUGGCAAAGAAACUGGAACUGAGGUCAACAACAACGACGAAGAAGACGGAUUGGGUUCCUCUGAAAAGAGAGGGCUGCUGAAGGAGGGAGGUGACGGGAUUGAGAUGCAAAAAGUUCUCACAGAGGAUGCUUACUCGCUGCUCUACACUGCUGAUUUAUUUAGUGUGACAACGCUUUAUGCCCUCGUAACAAUCUUGCUACAAGCAGGAAUGCUUGGUCUCACUUUCUGGGACCUCAUCAAGCCUGGGAACGAAACAAACGGUGGACGAAACAGGAUUGCAGUUCCCCCUGGAGCGACACCACAAGUCAUGAUCUCUCAGUUUCUUGGAAUGGUCCUUACUGUGAUGGUCAUGGCAGCGGAUGGAGACUUUGUUAUUGGUAUCGCUCAGCUCAUCGAAGGAUACGAUGAUAGUUACAUGGAGAAGUUCCCAAAUGCUACCUGGUAUCGUUUUUUGGUUACAGCUGUCAUGCAGACAGUAUCGGGAUCCUUCUUGUUGAUUGAUUCCUUCAUUUUGGCAAUGCAAAGCUCUACCGUCAUUGAUUUGAGUCUCAAUCUUACAGCCUUGUACUUUAUUCAGGAGAUUGAUGAGCAAGCCUUUCAGCUCGGACUGACUGGCAUGAUUGCCACACGGAUCAAGGAAGAUUGCGAAAGUGUCCAAGAAUGGCAACACGAAACAACCAAAGAAUAUCGACGCACAGUGCUCAUCCGCAAACGACGUCUUAUUUUCUUCAUGCUGGUGGCACUUCUUAUUCCUUAUUUUGCGGUGGUGGGCAGGCAAGCUGGUGGUAGAUACGUCUGUAACAACGUGUACAUCCAGUUUGGAGAUGCGUUUGAUCCAAAAUGGGCCCACUACAGUGGUCGAUUUAAGAGUCAAGGAAAUUCCUUUCUUGGUGGUGAUCGAAAGGAUUCAAGGAACUACUACCUGGAUGAAGCCACAGGGCAAAUUCAAUUGGCCUACUGCGGUUCAGAAGAGGCCUGGACGAUAUCCCUUGUGGAACGUGAGGACCCUUGUGAGUAUGUCUUCAAAUCAGCAGAUACAGACACUUUUGAUGUCAUCGAAGUAGCUGGUGGGGAUUGGUAUUACAACACAGGAGAAGUAGGAGGCCUCGAAGCGGAAACGGGAGAUGUCAAGGUAGACUGGAUGGCCAUUAUCUGCAAUGAUUGCAAUGAAGAUCUUUGCAAUGCUGAGUAUGGGACAUGCUCCGACUCAGAGGACAGGUGUGAAUGCAAGGAGGGAAGGUUUGGACUCAAUUGUGAGUUCAAUGGAACUACCUGUGAAGGGAUUUCCCUUGAUAGGAGAACAGCUGCUGGCCUCUCGACAAUUCCAUCAGCUUCCUACUUCCUCGACUUUACCGAAUACGCACCUAUAUCAAGAACAAACAUCACUUUGUAUGACCGUUUCAUUUACGCUCCGACAAAUGCCCUCUAUGAUUACUCUAUUGGCAUUGACACAACACAAGUCUCCAGCUACAUAAUCUUCACAGGAAGACGAUUUGUGCUCUAUGGAGUACCAGAGACGAGCUAUGCGAAGGGGAUUAGAUCUAACUGGACGAUUGGUGAUUUUUACAAGUGGUUCAUUGAACAAGAUUCGACAAACAGACCAUUUGACAUGCUCAAGAACCUGACAAUUGAAUCUCCAAACUACCCACCUCUGCUUUUUAGCUCUCCAGUGAACUAUGGUGGGGACUCCUACACUUUUGAACCCACCGGAUUGACAUGGGUUCUGGCGACGGAAGAGGGAGUUCAGAACGAUGUCAUCCCUCUUAGUCCUGACGACGACAAAUCAACUGGUGCACAGUUGCUGUGCUCCUAUUGCCACAAUGAGACCAGCCCAUGCCAUAAUGGAGCUACUUGCAGUGGCCAGUAUUGCGUAUGCCAGGACUAUUUCGAGGGACAUUUGUGCGAACAAGCCCUCAACUGUGGCGAUGUUGGGGGCUUUUGCUAUAAUGGUGGAACUUGCAACAUGUUGUCUGGCUUGUGUAACGACUGCGGUGAAGGGACUUACGGACGGCUCUGUCAGUAUGGUGACAACACAACAGACCCAUACUUCUGCCAAAGGUGCUUUUACCAGGGACAGACGAGAUCUUGUAACCUUGAGGAUCAGAUAUGUGAGUGCUACGAAGGAUAUGAAGGGAAACUUUGCGACCUGCCAACCAACAGUACGCCCACAAACAGUACGCCGUGAUAUUUGGCUGGCAAGGUUCCUUGUUGCCCAACUUGCUGUCAUCAUCAUUUAUUUGUCUACGAAUUAGCUAAUCCACGAAGUACAUGUAAAUCUACUUGUGACAUGUAGAAGGUAUCGUCACUGCUGGGUACAACGUAGCAAACCUUUGAUCAUAAUUUCCUUCGCCCA